AUGGCUAACACCUUUGCAUUGAUGGUGGCCUGUGAGAUCAUGAAGCAUGGCUCCAUGGUCUUGAAUCUUGCAUUUGAAACAGAAGUCGACAAGUUAUUGUUUAGAAAGCAACCUCCUGAACCCUUCUUUGUGUUGGCUGCUAUUAAGAAGCAAACUAUGGAACAACCCCCCAACACCAAGGAAGAAACUAUGGAUGAUUUACCGUCCUCAGACUCUAUAGCGUCUAACGAUAAGGCCCUAUAUCCCAAUUGGUGCCACAGAAACCAAGCUCCAAUUUCAGCAGAGGCUAUUAAAACUCAGUUUGAAAAUUUGGCUCGUCGGUUUCAAUUCCAACACUCCAACGUUGAAAACAUGCAUGAGUAUCUCAUGUGCCAGCUCAACUCAAGGGCGUCUCGUACUUCUUGUCAACAAGCACUUUUAAGUAUUCACCGGGAUUAUAUUGGGGGCGAUAACGCCAAUUAUAAACGGUGGUACUUCGCGGUAUGGAGUGCCUUGGAAACCAAUUACUCAGUGAAGGACUGGACCGAAUACAAAUCAUUCAAGAAUCUGCAGACUCGUUUAGGUGCUGUUAUAGCUGCUACAGCACCAGUAGAAGAAGAAAGACCACAAAGUAAAUGUUCAGAUAUUUUCAGUGAAGUCUUAGAUGGCGGUACCUGCAAUCCCCUAUUACAACUAGAGUACAAAUGGAAGUUUGAUUUAUACAACGCCAGCGAAAUAGAAUAUAUUCAGCAGAUAGCAUUGUAUCUUAUGAUAUGGGGAGAGGCCAACAACGUCAGGUUUUUACCGGAAGGUAUUUGCUUUAUUUUCAAAAUUUGUUGGGAUCACUGGAAGAGUGAGAACAAGAAGGGCAUACUGUUGCCAAUUAAUUACUUUCUAGAUCAAGUAAUAACGCCCUUAUAUCAAUAUAUAAGGAGCCAGAAAUACCAAAAGACUACCAGCGGGGUGUGGAAAAGAAGAAACUUGCGUCAUGAUAAGAUAAUCUCGUACGACGACAUGAACCAGUUCUUUUGGCACCCCGAUCUCAUAAGGAACAUCAAGUUAAAGAAUGGUGAUAUUUUGUACAACGUUUCGAAGGAAGUACGGUUUCUUCACCUACAUCUUAUUGAUUGGGAUAAGUGUUUCUUUAAGACAUACAGAGAAGUCAGAUCGUGGAACCAUUUGAUAACAAAUUUUGGUCGAGUGUGGAUCAUCCACAUCACGAUGUUCUGGUUCUUCACAGCUUAUAAUCUGCCAACCUUAUACACUGUAAACUAUUCACAACUACUCAAUAACCCACCACCACCUCAAGUUCAAUUAUCGAUGGUUGCACUAGCUGGGGUGAUACCUCCCAUCAUGACUAUCUGGGGAAUUUUUUUUGAGUUCACAUUCAUUCCUAUGAGAUUCCCAGGAACACUAGCUUCUACCUUGGGAAGACUAUUCUACUGUGUUGUAAUCUUGUUAAUCAACCUAGGACCAGGGGUGUACACGUUAUGGUUUAUUCCGUUGACGGUGUACUCUAUUCAUGGGUAUUGGAUUUCGGUAGUGCAGUUUUUCACUGCAGUUGCAACCCUUGUAUAUUUUGCAAUCACACCUCCUGCCAAAUUGUUUGGUUCAUUGCUUCGUCAGAACAUGAACUCCAAUAGAACAAACGAGUUUGCAGCCACCUUUGCGCCUCUUGACAGAAAGGGUCAAAUAAACUCGUUGAUACUAUGGAUAUGUGUGUUUGGAGCCAAGUUCACAGAAUCUUAUUUCUUCCUUACACUUUCAUUUAGAGACCCUAUACGAGUGGUGGCCAUAAUGGCGACCAACAGAUGUCAUUCUGAUUCACUAAUCAGCACUAAAUGGCUCUGUGCGAACCAGCCAAAGAUUAUAUUGGUGCUUCUAAUAUUAACAGAUUUCGUCUUGUUCUUCCUAGAUACUUAUCUUUGGUAUAUUAUCUGCAAUUGCUUGUUCUCCAUUUUGCUAUCGCUUCAUCUGGGAAUAUCAGUAUUGACACCCUGGAGGAACAUCUUUUUAAGAUUACCGGAAAGAAUCUUGAGUAAAAUCGUUUACAAGAAGGCACCCGGAUCUCCAGCAAGCUUGAUAAGUUUAAUAUGGAAUGCCAUUAUAAUUUCAAUGUUCCGAGAGCACUUGUUGUCUGUGGAGCAAACACGCAAACUAUUGUUCAUAGAUUUGUCUGAUGGUAACAUUCGACCUCCGGUGUUCUUUGUAUUCCAAGAUGAUGCCUCCUUUUCUUUGAAGGACUUCUUCGUAUGCGGUAAGGAAGCCGAAAGAAGAAUAACAUUUCUUGCUCAUUCAAUCUCCACUUCAAUAGAAGAGCCUUUACCGGUGAAAGCUCUCCCGAUGUUCACCGUGUUAGUCCCCCACUAUUCCGAAAAGAUUAUACUUAGUCUUAAAGAAAUCUUGAAGCAGCCCCACCAGUCUCGCAUUUCGUUAUUGGAGUACUUGAAGCAGCUUCAUAGAGAAGAAUGGAAUGUCUUCGUAAAAGAUUCUAAAACCCUUCACAAAUUCGGCGAGGGCGAUUUCGAAGAGUCACAUGAAGCAAAUUCAUACAACGAUAUAGCCAAGCUACCAGACACAGAGGGAAGAGAUAUUUAUGCUUCUGUUGGAUCGGGGAAGGAAGAUUUAAGUCAGUUCAUGCAAAACGAAAUUAAUGAUAUUCCUUAUUACUGUGUUGGUUUUAAGGAUUCCGACUCUUUCAAACCGCUUCGAACGAGAAUAUGGGCUUCAUUAAGAUGCCAAACGUUGUACAGAACAAUCUCAGGUUUUACCAAUUAUCAGACGGCAUUAAAAAUAUUGUACCAGGCGGAAAACAAAGAGGAGAUUCAAUAUCUUUUAGCCGAAGAAGUUGAAGAGCACUUAGACCAAUUCAGUCGAACAAAGUUCCAGCUAUUAGUUUCAAUGCAAAAGUUUCAAAGUUUCAACGAAACCGAGUUAGAGGAUGCCAAAUCGUUAUUCCAAGCCUUUCCUCUGCUAAAGGCGUGUUAUUUGGAAGAGGAGAAAAUGUCAGUCGAGGAAUCAACGUACUACUCGACGCUUCUUGAUACUUCCAGAGUCAAUGAGGAGGGUAAUUACGGAGUGAAAUAUCGUAUUAAACUAUCAGGAAACCCGAUUCUUGGUGACGGGAAGGCAGACAACCAGAAUAAUGCCAUUAUUUUUAGUCGAGGCGAAUAUCUUCAAACCAUUGAUGCCAACCAAGAUAACUAUCUUGAGGAAUGCCUCAAAAUAAAGUCGGUGCUAGCAGAGUUUGAAGAACUUCGAAUCGACGCCCUGGUGGAGUACCUUCCUGGAUCGAUCGGAUGUGUUGAGCAAAGUCAAGUGGCUAUUGUUGGAGCCCGAGAAUAUAUUUAUUCGGAGAAUAUAGGGGUGUUGGGAGAUGUUGCAGCUGCGAAGGAGCAAACGUUUGGUACCCUUUUUGCCAGAACUUUGGCAGCCAUUGGAGCUAAACUUCACUACGGACAUCCCGAUUUCCUCAACUUGAUUUUCAUGACUACCAGAGGAGGAAUAUCUAAAGCUACGAGGGAACUACAUCUAAACGAAGAUAUAUAUGCUGGGAUGAACGCCAUUUCAAGAGGAGAAUCAAUGGAAAAGGGUAUCAAGAGAACGGCAACGAGAAUUUGGAAACACUUGGUCUCAUUAACACCGUUAUUCGAGGUUUUCGUGUGCAACAUUUACGCUGAAUCGCUUCGAAGAAACAUCACUUACGGAGGAGCAACAUAUAUUCCCACAGGCAGAGGGUUUGCAAUAAUCGUACCACCGAUCCUUGAUGCUCAGUUUAAAUUGGUAGACAAAACUAAGGUACGUUUGGGACCACAAAUAUCUACAUUGGUUUUUCAACCAGUAGGUCAAAAUUACAACGACACUGGAUCCAAUGCCCCGUUAAAUAUUCCGCGGCAGAAACCUUCAUACACUAUGACUACCAUUCGGUAG